AUGUUUAGAAUUUCUAGAUUAGCGCCUUUAAGGCAAUUUAGGUCAUUGCAUACUUCUACAAGCUUAAGAGACAUCGUCAAGGUUCCACAGAUGGCUGAGUCCAUCACAGAGGGCACCCUCAAGCAAUGGAACAAGAAGUUGGGCGAAUUUGUUUCACAAGACGAGGAGAUUGCUACAAUUGAGACUGACAAGAUUGAUGUCUCUGUUAACGCACCUCAAUCCGGUAAAAUUACUGAAUUAUUCGCUUCUGAGGAGGAUACUGUUGAAGUUGGUGCUGAUUUAUUCGACUUACAGCCUGGUGAAGCACCUGCCGAAGAAUCAAAACCUGAACCCGCACAAGAAGCGAAGGAGCAACCAAAGGAUGAACAGCAACCAAAGACUCAAGAAAAACCAAAGGAAGAGGUUAAAAAGCCUGAGUCAAAGCCUGAACCAAAGUCUGAACCAAAGAAGGAAUCUAAGCCAGAGCCUUCCCAAUCUCAACCUUCAAAGGGCUCUCGUAAUGAAACAAGAGUUAAGAUGAACAGAAUGCGUUUGAGAAUCGCUGAGAGACUCAAGCAAUCUCAAAACACUGCUGCUUCUUUGACCACCUUCCAAGAUUGCGAUAUGUCUGAUUUGAUGGAUUUCAGAGCCAGGCAUAAGGAUAGAAUAAUGAAGGAAACCGGUGUCAAAUUAGGUUUCUUGUCCGCUUUUGCAAAGGCUGCUUGUAUCGCCUUGAAGGAGAUUCCAGGUGCAAACGCUUCAAUUGAAGGUGACGAGAUCGUUUACAGAGAUUACUGUGACAUUUCCAUCGCUGUUGCAACUCCAAAAGGUCUCGUUACUCCAGUCAUUAGAAACGUUGAGCAAAAGAACUUUGUUGAGAUUGAACAAGCUAUCGCUGAAGCAGGUAAGAAGGCCAGAGAUGGUAAAUUGACACUUGAAGAUAUGGCUGGUGGUACUUUCACUAUCUCAAACGGUGGUGUCUUUGGCUCUCACUUUGGUACACCAAUUAUUAACCUUCCUCAAUCUGCCGUUCUUGGUAUGCACGCCAUCCUCGAAAAGCCUGUUGCAAGAAAUGGUCAAGUCGUUGUCCGUCCUAUCAACACCCUUGGUUUGACUUACGACCAUAGAAUUCUUGAUGGUCGUGAGGCUGUCACCUUCCUCAAAAGGAUUAGAGAAGUUAUUGAGGAUGUUGCUUCAAUCAACCUUUACGAUUACAAAUAA